UGUCUGUUGUUCUUUCCUUUUAGAGACAUUUCGAAAAUAUAAAUAGAGUAGAUUAACAAUACUACUACAGGAGUUGUAAAAAUUAGUGAAAACAGGGGGGAAAAAAUGUCAGUUGAAGAAUCCAAUGGAGUUCACGCAUCAAUGCAAAGCCUGGGAUCACCCUUUGCUGCCCAUGGUACGGCGACGUACGACCCUAUGAUUCAAAUCUCCUCCUCGACUUCUCGGUUGCCGCCAUUUCUAGUUCGCCCCGGCGGAGUUCCCGGUCACACUCCCGUCACUACCACAGCUCCGUUCAGUUCAAUUGAACCUGCUAAACGAAAACGCGGAAGGCCGAGGAAGUAUGCUCCGGAGGGUUCCGCCAACCCUGGGAUGAUUUCUCCAUCGGCGUCUCAGGUCGGCGGCGGUGGAUUUUCGUCGCAGGGAGAUGAAGCGGUGGUUUCUGCGGUGAAAAAGGCUAGGGGAAGACCGCCUGGUUCUGGGAGAAAGCAACAAGUUGCUGAUUUGGGAUCAGAAGCAGCAGGGUUUGGAUUUAAGCUGCAUGUUAUCACGAUAAAAGCUGGGGAGGAUGUAGUGGCAAAACUAAUGUCAUUCUCCCAAAGUACCUCAAAAGCAGUGUGCGUUCUGUCAGCCAAUGGUUCGAUAUCUAAUGUAUCACUUCGGCAAGGAGCAACUUCAGGUGGAACGGUAACAUAUGAGGGACGGUUCGAGAUCCUAACUCUGUCUGGUUCCUUUGUAAUCUCGGAAUCUGGUGGUCAACGCAGCAGAGCAGGUGGUUUGGCUGUGACACUAGCUGGACCAGAUGGUCGAGUUUUGGGGGGAGGUGUGGCUGGGCUCCUUACAGCAGCAGCUCCCGUUCAGAUUGUUGUUGGUAGCUUCAGCACAGAAGAACAGAGGCAGGUGAAGUCAGGGAAUUCAGACACCUUUGGUACACCAGCAACAUUUGUCUCUGGAGAAUCAGCAGCCAGAAGUCCUCCAUCACUCGGAACUUUAAGUGAGUCUAGCGGUGGGCCUGUCAGCCCUCAUAAUCAGCUUGUUGAAACUUCGAACGGUAGCCCUUCUGGAGCUGCUAACUUGGCCUGGAGAUGAGAGAACCUUCUAAUAGGAAUGCUUCUCUUCUUAUGUUCCCAGAAUUCAUGGUGAUAAUCCCUUCCCUCAACCCUUGGAAAGCUGUGUGAUGUGAGAAAGGAUUCUGCAGCUUAGAAUAAUAGUAGUACCGCAUGCUUGCGGAGGUUGUAGUUAGCCGUUAAGUUUGUUAGAAGAGCAAUUAAAGGGAUAGUUUCCUUUAUGUCGGUUUAGUCCUUAGGCGUUAAGUUGUAUUUUUAGUAUUGUCAUAUUUGCCCUGAUGUUUGAGCAAUUUGGACACUUUUGGUCCACUGCUGGGCAGUCAUCUUUUCUGUACGAAUAUGGCCAGCUAUGGCAUGUGCUCCAAGGCAGCCCUUGGCUAUUUAGGUGUGAACUUGUCCUUAUUUUCAGAUUUAUGCAGAGAAAUGUUAGUCUAA